CUUAUUUUAGCCGUGUAACGAGUUGAACUGAUUCUUCUUUUUUGCUUAUUGUUUAUGUUUAUGUUUUAAAACAUAAAACCGCGUUAAUUGCAAUCAUUUUGAAAACGUCGCUGAUAUAAUUGAGCAAGUAAACAGUGUCUUCAUAAUUUCAGAACUAAAAUGUCGGAUGAAGAAGAUCUGGUCUUUGUUAAACGCCAGAAGACGAUUCACUAUGGAUCUUUGGAGGACUCCGAACGAAUGCGUCAGAUGAAGGAUGCUGUUUCGGAUUUAUAUGGGCCAGCUGGCGGUUCUGGGGAAAGUGGUCAGGUUUACACUUCCAAUGAUUAUUUUGAUUUGGAAGCAGAAGUAUCUAAAGACAAAGCAGCACUUUUGGAGGAAUUCGAAAGGAAGAAAAAGGCUAGGCAAAUUCACGUGAGCACCGAUGAUACAGAGGUAAAGAAAAAUCUUAGAGCGCUGAAUGAACCAAUAUGUUAUUUUGGCGAAGGACCAGCUGAGCGACGAAUUCGCUUAAAGGAGCUUUUAUCGGCACUCGGCGAAAGCGCGAUUCCGCAAAAGAGUACUAGGGAUGACGACAAAAAACAAAUGCAAAAGGAGCAGGAGUCUACGUGGUACCACGAAGGACCGGAGUCGUUGCGAAUUGCCCGAAUCUGGUUGGCUAAUUAUUCACUACCACGGGCAAAGGAAAGGUUGAAUCAAGCUAUUGAAUUGUUAAAACUACCGAGCGCUACAAAAGCUGGACGAAUGGUGGAACUUCAAAAACGAAUUCAAUCUUUGGCACCACAGUGCAGUCAAGUUGGUGAUGUUCGUCCAGUUACUAACUGUUCAUUUAACUACGAUUCUAGUUUACUCCUGACAUCAAGCUUUAGUUCUAUGUGUAAAGUUUGGUCUGUGCCGGAUUGUAAUCUUAUACAAACGCUGAGAGGUCAUCAGUUCUAUGUUAGCGCAAUUGCCUUUAGACCCGGAAUCCCAGUUGAUAGCAAAGGUGAGGUAGCCAUGGCUUCUGGUUGCUAUGAUGGAACGGUCAAGCUUUGGUCAUUCGAUAGCGAAGAGGCCAUAGCGGACAUAAACGGCCACAUACCUCAUCGUGUUUCGCGCUUGGCCUUCCAUCCAUCAGGUCGUUUCUUAGGAACCGCUUGCUAUGAUGCCUCGUGGCGCUUAUGGGACUUGGAACAGAAACAAGAAGUGCUGCAUCAAGAAGGACACGCAAAAGCGGUUCAUUGUAUAGCUUUUCAAAUCGACGGAAGUGUAUGUGUCACUGGCGGCUUGGAUGCCUUCGGUCGAGUCUGGGAUCUUCGUACCGGUCGGUGUAUCAUGUUUCUUGAAGGGCAUCUUAGCGCCAUCUAUGGUGUGGAUUUUUCGCCUAAUGGAUAUCAUAUUGUAACGGGAUCACAGGACAAUUCUUGUAAGAUUUGGGACUUGAGGCGGCGACACCCUGUUUAUACAAUACCCGCUCACCGAAACUUGGUUUCUGAUGUGAAGUACCAGAAGAAUGGUGGCCACUUUCUGGUGACAGCCAGCUAUGACAACACGGCCAAAAUUUGGUCCAACAAAACCUGGCAACCGCUGAAGACACUUUCUGGUCACGACAGCCGGAUCAUGAGUGUGGAUAUUUCGCCAGAUUCGCAACACAUCGCAACCACUUCAUACGACCGUACCUUUAAGUUGUGGAGUCCGGAAUAAGAUUCGGUAUGUGCCAAUUCAAUAAAUGUUUGUCUUUUUGUAAA